CUCGUGUUCUAUGGUUGAUAUAGUCAAACUGCGUACGCGUCUAUAGGUUAGAUGUCUAUAUGUGAUAAUAACAUAUUAUUAUAUUUUCGUGACAGUGUUGUGACUGAUUUAGGAAAUUUACAUAUAACGUUGAGUAAAUUUGGAAGAAAAGAUGGGUGUACCGGCAUUUUUUCGUUGGUUAAGUCGAAAGUAUCCCUCCGUAAUCGUCGAAUGCAUCGAGCAAAAGGUGGUAACUGCAGAUGGAGUAUGUAUCCCUGUCAAUUCUGCCGACCCAAAUCCAAAUGGAGUGGAAUUUGAUAAUUUAUAUCUUGAUAUGAAUGGCAUAAUACAUCCUUGUACACAUCCAGAAGAUAAGCCAGCACCCAAAGAUGAGGAUGAAAUGAUGGAGGCUAUUUUUGAGUGCAUUGACAGGUUGUUUCGUAUUGUUAGACCAAGGAAAUUGCUUUAUAUGGCAAUUGAUGGAGUUGCGCCCAGAGCUAAAAUGAAUCAACAAAGAUCUCGACGAUUUCGAGCCUCGAAAGAAACAACAGAGAAAAUUAAUGAAAUUCAAAGGAUACGUUCCGAUUUAGCCAAUAAAGGAACGCCUUUGCCUCCUGAAAAACCGAAAGAAGAACAUUUCGACAGUAACUGUAUCACGCCGGGCACACCGUUUAUGGCAAGAUUAUCAGCAUGCUUGCAUUACUAUAUUCAUGAACGUUUAAAUAAUGACCCAGGUUGGAGAAAUAUUAAAGUGAUAUUAAGUGAUGCUAACGUUCCCGGCGAAGGAGAACAUAAAAUAAUGGAUUUCAUACGGCGACAAAGAUCACAACCUGAUCACGAUCCCAACACGCAACAUGUUUUAUGCGGAGCAGAUGCUGAUUUAAUUAUGUUGGGUCUUGCUACGCAUGAACCUAAUUUUACAAUUAUUCGCGAAGAGUUUAAACCAAAUAAGCCAAAACCAUGCGAUAUAUGUGGUCAGUUAGGACAUGAAAUGCGAGAGUGUACAGGAGCUGAACCGAAUCAAGGACAGGAGGAAAAUGCAUUUGGAUCUGAAUGCCAGUACAUAUUUGUGCGAUUAAAUGUUCUCAGAGAAUAUUUAGAGAAAGAAUUAUCUAUGCCAAAUCUACCAUUUAAAUAUGAUUUUGAACGAGCUAUCGAUGAUUGGGUGUUCAUGUGUUUCUUCGUAGGGAAUGAUUUUCUACCGCAUCUCCCUUCUCUAGAAAUUAGGGAAGGCGCAAUUGACAGACUUGUUUCUUUAUAUAAAAAAGCAGUUUAUAAAACAGGAGGUUUUUUAACAGACAGUGGUGACGUUAAUUUAGAUCGUGUACAAUUAAUAAUGUCAGAUCUCGGUGAUGUAGAAGAUGAAAUCUUUAAGAAAAGACAACAAAAUGAACUAGCGUUUAAGCAACGUGAGAAGGACAAGAAGAGGAGACACGAAAUUAUUAGUAACUUUAAACCAAAAUGGAUUCCUGCAGGACAAUUUGCACCGACUGCCCUUGGACAGACAGUGAAACCUAUAGAAAAUGCACGUUAUGAAGCUUAUCAAAUGCGCGUGCAGGGUAGAAAUUACAAUACGAAUGCUGCUGACAAUACAAAUGCUAAUCAUGCCUUAGAGAGUAUGUUAAGACCCGAGAAUGCAGACAAUAGAGGACAAAAACGUAAAAUUGAAGAAGUAACAGCAGAGGAUAAUGAUGAUGAUGACCAGUCGCAUGAUGAAGUACGACUGUGGGAGGAUGGUUUCAAAGAUCGAUAUUAUGAAUCUAAAUUCGAUGUCUCUCCUGAUAAUUUUGCCUUUAGAAAUAACGUUGCUUUGCAAUACGUACGUGGUUUGUGUUGGGUCUUACGAUAUUAUUAUCAAGGUUGCGCGUCAUGGAGAUGGUACUUCCCGUACCACUAUGCGCCGUUCGCAAGCGACUUUAUUAAUAUCGGUGGUCUCUCUACAGAAUUUGAGAAAGACACUAUACCGUUUCGUCCAUUAGAGCAAUUAAUGGGUGUAUUUCCUGCUGCUAGUAAUAAACAUGUACCUGCACCAUGGGCAAAAUUAAUGACUGAUCCAAAAUCUCCAAUUAUUGACUUUUAUCCAGAAGAUUUUAAAAUUGACUUAAAUGGAAAGAAAUUUGCAUGGCAAGGUGUAGCUCUGCUUCCGUUUGUCGAUGAAAAAAGAUUAUUCAAAGCUUUAGCGCCAUAUUACGAUAGUUUGACAGAAGCAGAAAAAAAAAGAAACAUUCGCGGUAAUGAUAGACUGUAUAUUGGUAUAGGAAACAGCAAUUAUAAUUUUAUAAAAGGUUUAUAUACGAAUCAUGUAGAAUUUGAUAAGGAAAUUGAAAUAAGUGUAGACGGUAUGCGAGGCACUGUACUGUUAUCGGAAGAUUGCGUGAGUGACGGGGGCACAUUACCUUCACCUGUGAGAGGUCUGCCAGUCAGGAAUAAUAAAGUGUAUUGUAUCAAAUUCGAGGAUCCCAAAUACAGUAGCAAUCACAUUUUUCUCGCUCGCAAACUAAAAGGAGCUAAAGAACCACUGCGCGUCUUGAAACCGCAAGAUUUUGAGGCUAUGAAUCGCAAUAAUGGAAAUCAGUGGAAGCCACAAAUCGGUUUUACUCGAUCUACGCAAUCCGCUUCGUUAGGACAGGCAGGACACAGAAUGCUCGAACAUCAUACAAACCAUAAUAGACUGCCGAUGUAUGCCAAUGUCCCUCCACCAGUGAAUUUAUAUCAGCAAUAUCAUGGUUAUCGAAGCGGCGAUUAUCAAUCGAGAUACGGUUACAAUAGUGCCAAUUCGAGUCAGAAUCGUGGACCAUGGUUAACCGGUUUUGGUCCAUCGAAUUAUACCCCUCCGCCUUUCGAGUAUCAACAACAUCGUAAUCAUUACAAUAAUCAUCAUCAGUCGCAAUCUACGCGGAAUAAUUAUCAGAGCACGCAACAGCAGGGAUAUCAGAGUCAAGGGAAUUACUCUUCGACUCGAGGAAGUGGUGGAGGAGGUCACCGAGACAGAUGGCGACGGUCGAUGUAAACAUCAAUGUAAAAAGGUGAAGACUUAAAAAACUUUAUCGCAUAUGUAAUAAUUAAGAUUUUUCGCGGAGAAUCGCUGCGCAUAAUAAUAAUCAUAUUAAUUAAGGUUUAUAGGGAUUAUAUGUAUAAUAGGGACUAUUAAUAUAGAAUCAUUGUCAAAGUACGCGUUCUAAAUUAAAUCACUGGUACAGAUUAAACUGCGAAGCAUACUCGAGUUUUCACUGACAAUGAGUUUGCAAUAAGAACGCGAUUAAAAAUACUCGCGCUACAAAAGCUGUGUUCAUAUUUAGCAUUUUCUUUAUAUCAUCAACAUCAUGAUAUUAUCAAUUGGAUAAUUUAAUAUUUUUUUUUUAUACCUAAUUCUCUCUGCAAGAUGUAUGUAAAAAAAAAAUAUUUAUACAAAAAUACGAAUAUUUAAAAAACGCGCAGGAUAUUUUUCAGAAAUUGCGCGAUUUUUUUUAUAAAUUUUUCUGGACAUACAUAUCGAUUAAAUUUCCUUCCCUAACGUAAAAUUGUAUUUUGCUUCAUCCUUAUCCGAGAAUUCCUCGAGAGAAAGCGCGUAGAAACAUCCUUAUAUAUUUAUUACGUAUAAUAAGAGCAAUUCUGAGUCGACAAUUUUCUUCAAUUUUCAACUUUAAUUUUAUUCAUAUUUAUGACUUCUAGAGGAUUUCGAUAGGUUUAAUUUAUAUGUAUAGAAAUCAAUUCGCCUUGUAUAUCAAAUAAGCAGUGAACGAACAGUUUUUUACUUAAAGGAAUUUUCGACAAAAUUAUAGAUUAAAAAUAAUCUUCAAAGGAAGAUUUUAUUAUGCUUAAAAUAUUAAAAUGUAUAUUCGAUGAAAAUUAAAAUGGAAAGUAGAUGAAAAAUUAUACGAGCUAACACGUAAAAGAAACAGCAAAAUGAUCGGGCGCGUAGUUCAAAAGAGCUCUAAGAGAACGCUGUGUUUUGCUUAUUCUAUUUCUUUAUUGACUGUAUAUUAAAUAAUAUGUUGUAAACGAUGCGACAUUUAUAUUGAAUGUAACGAUUGCUUCGUUUACAUAUUUAUAAAAAAUGAUAUAAGCACAGAAAUACAUAUUUCAUUCUAAAUGAACAGACAUCUUUCAUCUUAUUCAAUAAGUGCAAUGUUUAUGAUGAUCAAUCAUGAUUAUCGUGACGGAAUUCUCACAUUUUUAUGUCUAACAAUUAGAACGAGUACGCUGACGAGAAUAUUGUGAAUUAAUUAUAAGAUCGAUACAUCAAAAUGUGUCAAAUUGAGUUAGGUGUACAAGCAUCGUCGCACCGGACUUUGCACGAGCAAGUGCGAAUAAAUUCGCGCGUUAAAUAUAAGAUACAACAAUAUAUUAAUGUAACUGAGAACAUUCUGAAUUUCUCAUUCUAUAUUGAAAUACACGAUAUUUCCUUAAU